GCUUCCUCAGAGGGGUUAGUGUUGGGCAGGGCAUGCCAGGGAAAGCAGCACUUCCAUCUUGUCCCUCUGUCUGUCCCAGGCUCUGGCGUGGAUGACCCCGUUGGGGAGGUGUCCAUCCACGUGGAGCUCCUGACCCACCCCAGCAGUGGCGAGCACAAAGUCACCGUCAAAGUGGUGGCUGCCAAUGACCUCAAGUGGCAGACCUCGGGCAUCUUCCGGCCCUUCAUCGAGGUCAACAUCAUCGGGCCCCACCUCAGUGACAAGAAGAGGAAAUUCGCCACCAAAUCCAAGAACAACAGCUGGGCCCCCAAGUACAACGAGAGCUUCCAGUUCACGCUGGGCACAGAGACGGGCCCCGAGUGCUACGAGNAGGGCACACAGAUGAUUUUCAACGCGGCCAAGGAGCUGGGGCAGCUUUCCAAGCUGAAGGACCACAUGGUGCGUGAGGAAGCCAAGAGCCUGACCCCGAAGCAGUGUGCUGUGGUGGAGCUGGCGCUGGACACCAUCAAGCAAUACUUCCAUGCUGGCGGCGUGGGGCUGAAGAAAACGUUCCUGGAGAAGAGCCCUGACCUGCAGUCGCUGCGCUACGCCCUGUCCCUCUACACCCAGGCCACAGACCUGCUCAUCAAAACCUUCGUGCAGACCCAGUCAUCACAGGUGAUCAUUGAUGGAUACACCAUUUAA